UUCCAUGGGGAUCAUAUGGGAUAAUGAUUGACCAUGAAAUUUCAGGGUAAGACCCUGUUUUCAGACACACCCAAUUGUUGUUUGAUGAUUGCGCCAUAUUGUGCCAGCAUUUUUUUGGGGCUCAGAACGCCUGUGUCCCCGCCGAUUUGUUCCGGGGCAUUCAUGGAGGACAUCACAGUCAUAUUCGAUGAUGAAGCUGCCACAGAAAUCAGAACACAUUCUGCGGUUCUGAUGUUGGCAUCUCCCGUCUUCCACAAGAUGCUGACACAGGAAAUGAGAGAGAAGAAGAACCGUCGGAUCGUGUUGCCGGGUAAAAACCCUGCAGAGUUUCAAGUUCUUCUAGAAUUCCUUCAACCCGGAGUAGGCCGGCUGCGGAAGGUUUCAGAGCAAAAUGUGGAGUUGCUGAUGCGUUGGUGUGAUGAGUACUGCAUUGAGAGUUUGCAUGGUGAAUGCAUUAAGUUCAUCAAGAAGCAGCCAGCGACGGUGCCUCGCGUGCUCCGGGCUCAUCGUUUAGGGCUCGAGGACUAUGAGACGAGUUCCAUUGAUACUUUGCUGAGGGCAGGUGAAAAAGACUGGAAACUCUGCUAUGAUCAUCCGGAACUGGUGCAGAAGGUGCUGGAGCGAAGCCUUGCCAAUGUCAAAAGUUGGACCCCGAUGAAUCCUCCUCCACCGACAUCCCCAGCUCGAGCGAGAACACGUUCCAGGGAUAACAGUCACGGGCCCAAUGACCUUGACCGCCUUGCUUCUGCCUGGGGUCGGCUUGCGAGAAGAUUGGCUUGACAACCAUCAGAUUCACUGUAGAUUUGCUGCCCGAUGG